AUGUCCGGGGAAUAUGACGAUGUCCUCACCAACCAGCCAGUGGUCAUUGACAAUGGUUCUGGUACCAUAAAGGCCGGCUUUGCUGGGCAGGAUCAUCCUAAAUGCUUCUUUCCGUCUUUUGUUGGUCGCCCAAAACAUGUGCGCGUUAUGGCUGGUGCCCUGGAGGGGGACGCCUUUAUUGGCCGACGCGCUCAGGAAUACAGGGGUCUGCUGAAAAUAAAAUACCCGAUGGAACAUGGAAUCGUGACUGACUGGGAUGAUAUGGAACGAAUAUGGAACUGGGUGUAUACAGAGGAACUGGGCACGCUGAGUGAGGAGCAUCCUGUUUUACUGACCGAGGCUCCUCUGAAUCCUCGGAGUAACAGAGAUGUGGCAGCACAGAUAUUUUUUGAGACUUUCAAUGUUCCUGCUCUUUUCACUUCCGUUCAAGCCGUCUUGUCAUUGUACUCGUCAGGGAGAACCACAGGCAUCGUCCUAGAUUCCGGAGAUGGUGUGACGCAUGCCGUCCCUGUGUUCGAAGGAUUCUCUAUGCCUCAUGCUAUCCGUCGUGUUGAUGUGGCUGGAAGAGACGUGACCGAUUAUCUUCAACUCCUUCUUCGGAAAUCUGGACACCAUCUUCACACAACUGCAGAGCGCGAAGUUGUCAGAACUAUCAAAGAGAAAUGUUGCUAUAUUGCCUUAAAUCCUGCGAAGGAGGAAAAGGAUGCUGCAGGACGUGUCGAAGAGUUCCGAUUGCCUGACGGGAACGUUGUCCAACUUGGUGUUGAACGAUUCCGUGCCCCUGAAAUUCUUUUUAAUCCCGAAUUAAUUGGUCAGGAAUACGCUGGCGUGCACCAAGUCGUCGUUGAUUCCAUUGUUCGGGUGGAUUUGGACCUUCGAAAGAGUUUAUUCUCAAAUAUUGUACUAAGCGGAGGAAGUACGCUUUGUAAAGGGUUCGGAGACCGAUUGCUCAACGAAGUAAAGAAAGUGGCCGUCAAAGAUGUUAGGAUCAAGAUAUAUGCACCGCCGGAGCGCAAGUACUCCACCUGGAUCGGUGGCUCAAUCUUAGCUGGCCUAAAUACCUUUAAAAAGAUGUGGGUGUCUGCCGAGGAGUAUCAAGAGGAUCCAGAUAUUAUACACAAGAAGUCGGGUUUCUGA